GUUUCAGAUCGGGUCGGGCCCCUAAUGCCAAAACUCGUAUCUUUACACACAUCGAGGAGCCCAUUAUUCAGAUUUUGAAGUGGGUGAGUUGGAGUUCGGGUCAGAAAAAAAGGGUUUGCGGGUCACAAGUAGGGACAUAGCUGUAGGUAACUCAAUUUUGUUUUGUCUUUUUGCCUGACUAGAAAAGCGUGGAACGGUGGAAGAAGCAACGAAUAGGUGUGUAGUGACUAGUGAGAAAGGUGGUUCCGCUUCUGCAUUCGGUAUUCACCAUGAUGACUUCGUCGUCGUCGUCGUCGUUUUCUUCUUCUUCUCUGCUACAGUACUUGUUUCUAUUCUGGGCAUUUGCUUUCUUUGGAGUUGUGAAAGGAGCUUCUCCGGCGGUGCCCGUCGGCAACAUUUCUCAUGUGGAAGACGCUCAGUAUUUUCAUAUGUACUACGGCCAGACCUUCAAAGUCAUCAAAAAUGCCAUCGACGGCAAGAGCUAUCUCCUUAUUCAGAACAAUUCGAGAAUGGCGACGAGGACAAAAUACUGCACAGGGAGAAUAAAAUCGUUUGUGGUCCCACUAUCGAACUAUUCCAUUAACGUUGAGCAUUUUCCAGUGUCCUUCUUUGAGCUUCUGGGUCUACUGGGGACCUUGAAGGGAAUUACAUCAGAUUCUGUUGCUUCUCAAUGUUUAUUGAAAUCAUACACUGAAGGACAAAUUGAGAUUUUAAACAAAAGUGAUUCCCAACAGCUUACACAAUUCUCAGCAUACUUUGUUAGUAGCAUUGAUCGACAACAAGGUUGCAAUUCUGCCACAUUUCUAGCAACUGAAGAGGAUACUCCUCUUCAGAGGGCAGAAUGGAUCAAGUAUUUGGGAGUCUUUGCAAAUUCAGAAGCUCGAGCAAAUCAAGUCUAUGAUGCAGUGAAAGAAAACUAUAUGUGCUUAGCUAAAGCUGCAGCAAGGAAUACAUCCUCGUUCAAACCUGUAGUAGCUUGGUUGGAAUAUAAUGAGGGCAUUUGGUCUUUCACUAAAGAAGGAUACAAGAUGAAGUACGUAGAAGAUGCAGGUGGGGAGAAUGUGGAUGACUCUAUCAACAAAGCUACUUACGACAUCUCUAUUCCUGAUGAUUUGGAGGCAUUCCAUGCCAUUUUAUGUACAGUGGAUGUAGUCAUUGAUGAAACUUUUACUUCUGAUGUGACUGGAUACAACCUCUCGACAUUUCUCCAAAACAUCAAUGUAGAAGAUCACUCUUGUUUUGCUUUUCUUGCUAAUCAAAGUGUCUGGAGAUAUGACAAACGAGUCCAAAAUUCUACCACCAUUGACUGGUUUGAUGGAGCCAUUUCCCAGCCUCAGUUGGUUCUAGCAGAUUUUAUUGAAGCCCUCUUCCCUACGGGCAACUACACGACAACAUUCUUGAGAAAUCUUGCAAAGGCUGAAGGUGUUGUAAGCAUUGGUCCUGAGAUGUGUGACAGAGAUAUCACCACGGCUAUGGAACCCGCCAUGAUAGGUUGCUAAUGAAACCAACAAUUAUCAAGGGUUUGUUAUUAGCUAUUUGCAUUUUUUCUUAUAAUCUCUCAAUGCAGUUCUAUUAACCAUUUUUUUGCCCUUUUCUUAUGUUUAUUCUUUAAUGUGACUCAUAAUUGAGGUAAGGUACUUCAUAUGCUUAGUGGAUCUGUUACAAUAUAUACAUGUUAAGAACUUGUGGAGCCAUUCACCGGUACUGUAGCCUAACUAAUUUAUUUUAGCAUGUAAAGUUGAACCAAGCUUUUCAAAUAGUAAUGGUUAUCUAUAUUAUGAUACUCGGUAAAA